UUGAUAGGAGCUUUGUAGAAGAAAUAAGGAAAUUCAGAGGAAGCAAAAAAUGCCACACACUGGUGGUUCAAAGGCUAACUCGAGAAGACGUUAUGAGAUGUUUCUAGAAACUGGUAAAGCUCCUAGUCGCGGAAAAAUGUUUAUUGAAACUCAUAAGAGAAAGAAUGGAUCAUUUGUGAAUGCUGAGGCUCGGACUAUAGGGGAACAAAUUGAGUCACAUAUGACUCAUUGUAACACUAAUGAGUUUGAAGUUUCCCCAGAAGAUAUUGUUGGUAAGAUAUUAGGAGCAGAACACUCUGGGAGGGUAAGAUGUAUGGGUAUGGGAGCAGCUCCAUCAAACACAUUCUUGAAUACAAAGCGACGACUUAACGAGCUGAGCAUUUCUUCAUCAAGCUAUGGUGAAUCAUCUGCAACUUCUACAUAUUUGCAUCAAAAGGUCGCGCGUUUGGAGUCCCAAGUUGAAGAAACCUUGACUGUGUUGAAGAAUUACAUGAUAUCUAAGGAAGGAGGGAUUCCUAAAGAAUUAGCUACUAUGUUUGCUCCUCAACCACCGCCUGUUGAUAGAGAGGAGACUGAAAUGGUUUCACCUAUGGAUGUAAGAGGCUCAUCAGCUGACAAUGCAAAUCACCAACCAAAUGCUUAAUGUUUUCUUUGUGGACUACUUUUAGUACUUUUCAUGUCUUUGAAUUUGUAAUGGUUGUCUAGAGUUGUGUUUACUAUGCUUUAGUUUGACGUUCAGUACUUAAAUUUGUGACUUUUGCUAUUAUGGGUAUUCUAAUGGUAAAUCUUUUUAUGUUUU